AUGACUUGUAAAUCAGAGUUUAAACGGUAUCUUUGCUCCAAUAAUCUCAAUAUCGAAAAGGCUACGAUUAGUUUUCUUGAUGGACAUGUGAAAUAUCUUCAGCGUAAAUUUAAACGUUCUGACAUUAGUUUCAUCGAAUAUAAAUCUCAUCUCAAUGAAAUCAAAGAACUCAAAAAAAAGGCUAGACUGCUUAAUGGCAAAAUCAUGAGUUUGGGAAAUGAAAAUGAAAUGUUACAAAAUGAAAAUACAGAUUUGCAUUCUAGUUCAUUGAGAAUAUCUGAAAUAAUUGACGAUGUAAAUCCUUGGAAGGAUUUAAUAUCAAAUGAUGAAAUUCUAUUGAAGAUUUGCUUGUAUUUAUCUUCAGAAGAUUUAUUUUUUUCUCUGAUGCAAGUUGAAAAAUUAUUGUAUAAGAAAUUAUGGUUAGAUGGUACACAAACCAUGUGGAAGUUCGAUUUAUAUAGCCAUUUGACACUUGAACAAGAGAAUAAUUUUCUAUCCAAGCUCAUUUCAACAUUACAUUCAGUAGAUUACACACAGCUUGAAGGAAGCUACUUAGAUUAUUCUGUAUGUGAAUUAUCAGCCGUGUCUCAUUUGGUUUUUUACUUUAAAAGAAAAGUAGAAGAUAUCUUUAAUGAGUAUCUCAGAAUUCCUGCUAAUGAGAAACAAGAAUGGUUAAAUAAGCGGUCAAAGGUCGUUCGAGAAUAUUACAAUGAUGUUUUAAAAAUUAAACAUCCAACUAUUACGGAUCAAUAUUUAAUUCCCAAAUAA